GUACCAAGCGAGCCAGUUUUUUCUUACCACCGCACCGCACGCCACACACUCGUUAAGCCCGUGCCAACACGAGAAGUCGCCACUAAUAAAUUACUGUUUUUUACUGCACUCGAACAGUCUACGCCGCGCAGCCGACUAAUUUAUACGUAAAAAUAAACAUUAAUCAGCAAUAAACGCCGCUGUUAGCGCCCGAUCACAGCGCCCAAGCCCCGCCCGUAGCGAGCACCAUAGAUCAGACAAAAUGUUCGCCGUGAUGCAAAUCGACGAAGAUCACACCAGGGAUUUUAGGCGUAAACUGCGCCCAAAGUGCGAAUUUGUCUGCAAGUAUUGCCAACGUCGGUUCACGAAGUCCUACAACCUGAUGAUUCACGAACGCACCCACAAGAGCCCGGAGCUGUCCUUCAGCUGCGAGGUCUGCGGGAAGAGUUUCAAAAGGCAGGACAAUUUGCGUCAGCACAGAUGUAGUCAAUGCUUGUGGCGGUGAGGUGACGGAGAUAGCACGAUCCAACAACAACGGUCUCUCUUACGCAAUAGAAGAUACACACUACAAUUCCAAUAAGGAGACCAUGAACAUAAGAUGGUGAUACAAACACAAUACGAUCACUAGAAAACCAUUGAGAUCAUAUAACGUCUGGGAAUUUAAACAGUAUUUAUGCUUCUAUUGUUGACACCAGAAUGGGACUUUGCAAUGUUAAAAUAAAUUAAGUUUUUCGUUUAAUCAACCUAUUGUCCAGUAGCACGAUUGUUAAAACGAACAUCGUGUUAAAAUUGAUACCGUUUAAGUAUCAUUUUUGACAUUAACUAUUAAUUUUGUUUAAUAGUAAAAAUAAAAACAAAUUUAAUUUACAGUAUCUUUAAAAUGUAGUGUUAAUGGAUAAUAGGGUAUAUUAAACUGUAUGAUGCUAAAUCAUUGUAUUUAAACGGUUUGUUGAUAUAAUAUCAGACGAAUAAAAUAAAGUAAUUUGAAAUUAUUUUAAC